ACAUCAUUCUUCACACUCACAGCUUCAGCUAGCGAAACGCCCUCAACCGUCUCCACAGUCCGCAGCUCCGUGUAUGGAUCACAACAUUACAGUUAUCUCUCAUAUCGGUGUUUUUAUUACUUUGUAAAAAUUCCGCCGAAAAAGAGAAGACGGUUUAUCUCAAAUGUCCGCAAUUUCUCUCGUGGACAAUCCCCCCGGAGCAACCUGGAGUUAAGUGCCUUACUCAAGGACACAAUGGUGGUGACUGUGGGGAUCGAACCAGCAACCUUCUGAUUAAAAGCCCUGUGGAUUUUUAUGUUUAUUUAAAUCUUCGAGCAUUUUCCCAAACAGUUUGCGUGAACUACGAAAACAACGUAGGGGCUUCUAGCUACCGUGAGCAGUUUAAUUUCAACGCUGAGCCCCCUUGGGAUCCUAGCUGAUAGCAGGAGAGGUCAGCGGCUGACCUGUCCCUUGGAUAUCACUAGGACUCAAGAGCUCUGAGGGUUCUUCUAAAUAGGUGACCUGCUUUAUGUCGUCAGAACAUCGGAUUACUGAUGAGUAUGAAGGAAUCUCUGGAUGAACUGCACUGUUCGGUUGAGCUGCUAGAAGGAAGCACAGCUCUCUGUGAUGUCAUUGAUAAACACAUCCAAGAACAAACUCUUGCACAGAAAAGUGCGUUUUUUGUAGCUGAUCUUGGUGUGAUUGUGUGGCAACAAGUUCGCUGGAAGACUCAAAUGGAGCAGUUUCGGCCUUUCUACACAGUCAAGUGCAACAGCAGCCCAGUGGUUGUUGAAAUCCUGGCUGCUCUUGGAACUGGAUUUGUUUGCUCAAACAAGCACGACCUGGAUUUAGUGAAGGGUUUUGGCGUCCCAUCUCAGGACAUCAUUCUUGGUGGCAUGUGUAAGCAGCUCUCCCAUAUCAAACACGCUGCCAAACACAACAUCCCCCUGAUGCUGUGUGACAAUGAGGCAGAGCUGAGAAAGAUCGCACGCUGCCAUCCUAAAGCAAAAGUGUUACUGUUGUUGACAUCAGAGAUCUGUUGUGAAAGAGAGGAGACGGUCAUACCCUUCGGCUCCACACUAAAGGACUGCAGACAUCUGCUCAAGUGUGCCAACGAGCUCAAUAUGCACGUUACAGGAGUCAAAUUCAACAUUCCCAGCUGUUGUCAGGACACUCAAUCGUUCUCUCGUGCUGUAUCUGAUGCUCGCUGUGUCUUUGAUAUGGGGGAGGAACUCGGGUUUGAAAUGAAUAUUCUGGACAUCGGAGGAGGAUUUGAUGGAAGUGAAGCACAGUUAAAAAAGGUUAACAGAACUCUGAAGCCUAUGCUGGACAUGUAUUUCCCUCUCUCGACUGGUGUGUCAAUCAUCGCUGAACCUGGAGCUUAUUAUGUGUCUGCGGCUUUCACGCUGGCCGUGAAUAUAAUCGCAAAGAAAGCAAUGAGGCGGGAUUUCAUUAGCCAACCACACAAUGCACUGUCAGCAAACGAUGAGCCAGAGUUUCUCUACUACGUGAAUGAGGGUGUUUAUGGGUCUUUUGCCAAAAAGUUGUUGUAUGAAGAUUCUAUACCGGUGCCGUCACCGCACAAGGAGGUGGCAGCAGAAGAGCCGCUGUUCUCCAGCAGUCUGUGGGGGCCGUUGGAUGAUGAUCUGGAUCAGGUGCUGGAGAGAUGUUUGCUUCCAGAACUCACUGUGGGAGACUGGCUCCUGUUCAGCGAUGCAGGGGCCACAUUCACUAAUACAGAUGAACACAAACCGCCCGUCUUCUACACCAUCACUGAAUGCGACUGGAAUGAGAUUCAUAAUUGUGGUGUCACUUUGGACACAAGGAUGAAAAACUUCUCUUUGGUACCAUGUUGUCUGCAAUCAAGCAUGUCCAAGACAUCUAUAUCUACGCCAGCUUAAAAUAAAUCAACUUGGGUUUUAUUACCGUUAUUAAUAUUAUUUUGUAACGGGUGAUUUUUAAGUAGAGGUCGAACAAUAGUUGAUUUUGCCGAUACUGAUAACUAAGGUGGUGGAAAAGUAGGAUAACUGUUUUAUCGGCCGAUAGUUUUUAAAAUUGAUUCAGAAAAAAAGAAGAUUGGGUUCAUAACAUGGAACUUUUAACACAAGGACUCCUAUUUUGAAAUGACGUAGACAGAUUUACUAAAUUGAUGAUGUAUGUGGUGAUGAGGGAUGUCACAGGGGAUGCUUCCCUCGUCAAAUGGGACGCUUCCUCUCGUCAAAGGGGACGCUUCCUCUCGUCAAAUGGGACGCUUCCUCUCGUCAAAGGGGACGCUUCCUCUCGUCAAAGGGGACGCUUCCUCUCGUCAAAGGGGACGCUACCCCUCAAGUCAAAGGGGACAUUUCCUCUAGUCAAAGGGGACGCUACCCCUCGUCAAAGGGGACGCUUCAUCUAGUCAAAGGGGACGCUUCCUCUAGUCAAAGGGGACGCUUCCUUUAGU